AUGCGUUUUCGUUUAAUUCAGUCUCUCCAUAAGGCGUCUCACUUGCAGGCGUUUGACCCGGAUGACAGAGUACCGCUGGCCGAAAGGGCACUCUACAGCUUGGUGUUGGAGUUUCUCCGCCAUCGUCAAAAAGACUACAGCUUGUCCGUCCUGUUGCCGGAGUGUGGCAUGACUUCCUCAGACGUCUUGGCAGCCGACGAGGUCGGGCAGGCCCUCUCCUUGCAGAAAUCGCCAGCCUACCGCUUGGCAUCCAAAAUGGGUGACGAACCACUUCUCGACCGUUUGCUCAGAGUCGUGGCCGCUUCGGAGGAGCCUAGAUGCAAUGCAACAGGAGUCCAGACAGACCCGCAAGGAAUCGGCGAAACUAUCGACGAGAAGCUCCGCGCAUGUGCUGUGUCAAGCGCACACAAGGACAGGCGAACGAUGGAAGAACGUAUGCUCCAGUUUCGAGCCCGCUGCGAAGCCAUGGUGCGGAAAGAAUCUGAGGCUGAACUUGCGAGGGUUCGCAUGCUGGAGCGUGAGCAGAUCGCGCUGGAGGAAGCAGCCAAGAGCCGAGCCGAAGUGCAAGAGGCGCUGGCGAAAGCAAAGCGCGAGCUCUCGGAGAGAGAGGAGCGCUUGCAUCAGCGUGAGAGACUUGCUCUCGAACGGACUCGUGCCAAGGAGCUAGAUCUUGAGAAGAAAGCAGUAGAAUGGCGAGCAGCAGCUCAACAGGUUAUUGACGAGGAACAAGUGCGCCAGUCAACCAGGGCAAAGCACCUGGAUGUGGAAGACAAACGUCUCCAGAUAUUGAAGGAAGGGCUGGACCGACGAGAGCAAGAGCUACGACUUGCUGAGGAGAGGAAUUCUGCAGCCGCGACAGAGCUGACGCGGCGCGCGGAAGAGACGAGGGAGGCGGCCAAAAUGGCUGCCCAGGCGGCCGUGGCGGCCGAGCGCGAUGAACUUCGACAGUCCCAACUCAGCCUGGACAGGGACAAGAUCCAGGUGGCGGGCAUUCGAGACCAUCACGAAGCUUUGAAGGACAGGCUGCUUGCCGAGACUGCAGAGGCUGAAAGGAGUGCAAACCAGGCAAGGAAGGACGCCAGGAGGGCAGAAGAGGGCCUUUCGGCAAAAGCUCGCGAACUGGAGGAAGCCAGAGAACAGAUACAGCUCCUGAAGGUUGCCGGGCAACAGGUCGUUGCAUUCCAGCAAGAGCUGGAAGUUGUUAGGAGCGAAAAGGCAGCGCUGCGGCACAUGUUGGACACCGAGAAGCAGGCGCACGCACGUGCCGAAGUGGAGCUCGAGCAGCUGCAGAAAGACAGAACCCGGCUUGGUGCAGAAGUCGAAGAGCUUCGGAGCCUGCAUGGAAAGUUGGAGGAGAAGCUCGUGGCGGCCGAGAAUGUGCCAUCGGCCCUGGUUCGGCAGCUGCAAGAAACGCGUUCGCGGCUCUCCACAGAGGCCUCAGAAACCGAGAGACUGCGGCAGCAGCUUCAGGUGGCAGAACAAGGAGCUGCACCACACAGAACGUGGGUGAGUGCCCUUCAGAAUCUCGAGCAAGAGAUCUUCUCAGGCUGCACUCCGGACAUGGAGGUUGGCAAGGUGGCGAGGCGAAGCCGCGCGCUGGAGGAGAGAACCCUCCAGCUCGAGCGGGAGAUCAGCGCCUUUGAGCAGCGACACAGCGAUGUGUCUUUGGCUUUCAGGUCUGACGACGAGUCCGAGAUGUUCGCCGAGGACCGG